AUGGUGGUAAUGAUAAUGAUAACAAUGGACAAAUUUCAUGAUCCAUCAAUGGAUAUUCGUGCAAUUAUACCAUUUGCAAUUGCAUAUUUGCUGAUAUUUAUCUUAGGAGUAAUCGGAAAUGUUUUAGUGAUAUGUCUCACUUUAUCACAUCGAAAACUUCAAACAGUACAAAAUAUGUUCAUAUUGAAUUUAGCUAGUGCUGAUUUAGUUGUAUGUAUCUUUUCACUUCCAAUUACACCUGUUGCUAAUGUUUACAAAAAUUGGUACUUUGGUUCGACAAUGUGUCACGGACUUCCAUGGAUGCAAGGAAUUGCGGUAUUCAUUGGUAGUUUUAGUUUGUGUGCCAUUUCUGUUGAUAGGUAUAUUAUGGUGAUCUUACCAACGAGGAAAAUUAUCAAUAAAACUCGCUCGAAAUAUAUAACAAUUGUUCUUUGGACAUUAUCAAUAAUUUCAACGCUUCCAUAUGCAAUGUAUAUGGAUCUUAUUGUUGUUGACGGAAUUUGUGGACAAUUUUGUACUGAAAAUUGGCCUAGUUCUCGUCUCAGAACCAUAUAUACGAUAUUUGUUUUUGUGGUACAAUUUGUCAUUCCAUUAAUAAUUAUGUUCAUUUGCUAUUAUCGUAUUUUUGCUAAACUACGGAAAAGGACAUCAAAGAAAAUCAUGCGUUUAAAGGAACGUUCAAUGGCUAUGGCAUCAGCAGGUUUAUUGGAAAAUCCCAACAAUAAUAUGCUGGAUUGCAAGAGAAAUUUUGAUGGUAAUGAUUUCAAAGAAAAUCAGGAUCGUUUACGGAAUGAAUUGUUAGCAAAUGCUAGGCGUAAUACGAUAUUACUGGUUAGUAUGGUUGUAUUAUUUGCCGUAUCAUGGCUUCCGCAUAAUAUUGUUUCAUUAUUAAUGGAAUUUGAUGAAAGCUUAUUUGAACGUUAUGAUGGUGUCAACAGUAUCUAUCUCAUUAAUUUAUUUACCCAUUGGGUAGCAAUGGCAAACAAUGUUUGGAAUCCAAUUUUGUAUGCACUCCUAAAUCCAUUAUUCAUUGAAUUAAUGGCAGAGACAUUAUAUAGGUUACGAGCGAUAUUAUGCUGUUGUUUUUAUCGUGAACCAAGUACGAUACGAGAAGAACCGCUUGAAGUUGAAUGA